UGAAAAUCGCAAUGAAUUCCGACAAAAUCCUGCAAAACAACGCGAAAAACCGCGAAAUUGAGAAACAAGAAAAUGAAAAACUUGGUGAAAACUUGAAACGAGCAAUUCGUAAAAUUAGUGUCGAACAACGUCCUUUGAACGAUAGUCAGAAACAUGUUUGUGUUCAAUUAAUCACGCGUUUCCUGAGUCAACGAGAAGAGGAACAAAGAUGUGACGAAGACUUGCUUUUCGACAUGUUCAAGGAUGAAAAAACUGAUCUCGUGUCUGUGGGAAAAUUCCUUGCAGCAUUAGCAACUUGUGGAAUCAGCAGAAACGAUCCUCGUAUUUCACAAUUGAUGGAAAAUUUGAACGAAAUUCACAAACACGUAAAUUAUGAUGGAGGUUCGCCAGAAACGCAGAAUUUGCAUCGAAAGACUUUUAAAGCUGUCAUUCAACCUAACAUUGUACUUGUAUCUCGUGCCUUCCGACAUCAAUUGGCAAUUCCUGACUUUCAGGGCUUUACAAAAGUAGUCGAAGGACUGUUCUGGAAGUGUAAAAGUAACACAGAGGGAAAGAUCGGAAGUGACAUGCAACUUUCGAGAGUCGAUCCGGAUUGUUGGGGCUUGUCUCUUUGUACGGUCGAUGGUCAACGAUUCUCGAUUGGAGAUUCAAAUGUUCCUUUCACACUUCAGAGUUGCAGUAAGCCUUUAACGUAUGCGAUUGCAUUGGAGCAAUUGGGAGCGGAUUUGGUGCAUCAAUAUAUUGGACAAGAACCAAGUGGCAGGAAUUAUAACGAAUUAGUACUCGAUUACAAUAAAAAACCACAUAAUCCGAUGAUCAAUGCGGGAUCGAUUUUAAAUUGUGCUCUUUUGAAUACUUUGAUACAUCCGGAAAUGAGCUUGGCGGAAAAGUUUGACUAUACUCAGAACUAUUUCAGUAGAAUGGCUGGAGGAGCUCAUUUAGGAUUCAACAACGCCGUUUUCUUAGCUAAAAGGGAAGCCUCAGACCGAAAUUAUGCCUUAGGAUUCUACAUGCGGGAACACAAAUGUUUUCCAGAGAAUGCCAAUUUGCGUGAAUGUAUGGAUUUCUACUUCCAGGUUUGCUCCAUGGAAGCCACUUGCGAAAGCAUGAGUGUCAUUGCCGCUACUCUCGCCAACGGAGGCGUCUGUCCCAUCACCGAGGAGAAAGUUUUGCGUCCCGAAGUCGUUCGCGAUGUCCUUUCCUUGAUGCAUUCGUGCGGCAUGUACGACUAUUCCGGGCAGUUUGCCUUCAAAGUUGGAUUGCCAGCGAAAUCUGGCGUUUGUGGCGGAAUAAUUCUCGUGAUUCCGAAUGUCAUGGGAAUGUUUUGUUGGUCACCGCCAUUGGAUCAAGUUGGAAAUACCGUUCGUGGGGUUCAAUUGUGCGAAGAGUUGGUCAAGGUUUUUAACUUUCAUCGGUAUGAUAAUUUUAAGCAUGUCACAACUAAAAAGGAUCCAACAAGACAUCGAUAUGAGACGAAAGGAUUGUCAAUCGUUAAUUUACUGUUUUCAGCUGCAAGUGGCGAUAUCACAGCAUUGAUGAGACACAAGUUGAGUGGAAUGGAUGUCACAAUGGCCGAUUACGAUGGAAGAACUGCUUUACAUUUGGCAAGUGCGGAAGGAAAAAUGGAUUGCGUUCGCUUCCUGUUGGAGCAAUGUCGCGUACCUCAUUCACCUCGAGAUCGAUGGGGAAACACCCCCUUGGACGAAGCCGAAACCUUUGGUCAACAAGAAAUCGUCGAUUAUCUCAAAAACUGGAUCAAAAAAGUCAAUGAACGUCAAGCUGAAUCUGAAAAUAAAGAAAAUUAAACAUUUUUUUUAGCAAUUUUCAGCAAUAAAAAUUGUUUAUGUGACAUCUGCUGUACAAAGCCUCGCGAUCGCGUGCAUUUUAAUGAGCGAUAAAUCGAAACUCAAACAAAUAAUAGUUUUUUUGUUCAAUCAUUGUAAAGUUUUUGUAUUGUACAUACCUGAUUCGCGUCUAUUUCUGUUUGUAAACAUUUUUUAAAGUCAGUUCUGUAUUAGAUCUCGAACGGAGCGGGCAUACAAAUAUUAGUUUCCUUAAAAGCCGGUCCACUUCCGCAUAAUUGAUCAAAAAAUUGCAACAUUUUUUAUCACUUGCACUUCAGUCAUUAGCGAAUAAACGUGUCAAGGUUAUUUUUUCGGUGCAUUAGCUUAGUUGAAUGGACAAAUGAGCAAAAAAUGGUUUGUUUAGACUAAUGAACUUGAUCUUAGAUAUUUCAAGUGAAUAAACAAAGAGAGUUGUCAAUGAAUCGGCCUUCGUAAUUGUAUCUAACGAACUGCAACGACAAAAUAAUAAUUUUUAAAUUAAAAGGAUGUCAAUACAAUAAAAGUUAAAAAUAAAGUAAAAUUAUAAAAUAAGGCAAAGGUUCAUUACCAGAAAUCCAACGAUGAUUUUAUCUGUCGUGCAAAGAGCCAAAAAACACACUUCCGAGCUAUGGGCGAUCCGAAAUCAUCUCCGCAUCG